AUGUUAGUUGAUGUGUCUGUAAUAGUGCAUAACCAUAGAAACAUUGACAUGACCCUCACUUCAUGCCAGAUUCGAGGCUCCAUUCCAUCGCAUUGGUCGCAAGAUGUCAGCAAGAUGGUCCCCAAACCUCCAAUCACCUUUGACGUGAUGGAUCCAUAUGCUGAAACUGCAGGGAAGCACUUCAAUGAAUUGCUGCGGCGUUUUGGCUCUCCAAUUGUCAUUCUGAACCUGGUAAAGAGACGUGAGCGGCGGCCUCAUGAGUCAAUUCUCAACACAGAGUACUGCAGACUGAUUGACCAGCUCAACAUCACUCUUCCUCCACAGUUCAGAAUACAGUAUGUUGCAGUAGAUAUGGCAAGGAUCAAUAAACAGAAAGAUGAGAAUGUGAUGAGCCGCUUAUCAGACAUUGCUUACCGUGCAGUUAAGAAGACAGGGAUCUUCCAGAGCUCAGCCCCAUACUACAGCCACCACCUAAAUCCAAAUGCUCACUAUCGCCACAUGGAGAGGACAAGCACACAGGGUGAUCAUAACUUUGGCUCCAGAAAGAACUUUACUCCUAAUGAACCCUUUGGUCGAAAACAAACUGGAGUUGUAAGGGUGAACUGUGUAGACUGCCUUGAUCGCACCAACACAGCACAGUUCUGUCUUGGAAAGUGUGCCUUAGGCUUUCAGCUGUAUGCUCUUGGUGUCUUGGAUCGGCCUGCUCUGGAAUUUGACAGUGACUGUGUGCGGAUGUUAGAGGAAAUGUAUGAAGAUCAUGGAGACACACUGGCUCUUCAGUAUGGAGGGUCACAGCUGGUACACAGGAUCAAGACAUAUCGCCGCACAGCUCCCUGGACCAGUCAGGGCAACGACAUCAUGCAGACACUCUCCAGAUACUAUAGCAAUACAUUCUCUGAUACAGAAAAACAAAAUGCAAUAAACUUAUUCCUGGGAGUUUAUAUCCCAAGUGAGGCCUCUGUUCCAAUUUGGGAACUACCAUCAGAUUAUCUCCUGCAUCACUCUCUCUCCCGUGGUGUUCGUCCCUGCCACAACCGCAGCACAACGCAGUGGUGGGAUUCAGCAAUGUUGUCAGAUCUCCCAAUGCCUCUUGAUGAAACCAGGAAGUCUGUGUCUCUCCUUAUGCCAGUGAGGAACCAGGAGCCCAAGAUUGACUUGUACACGGACCACCAUCGACCAUCAGAAUUCUGUGUCUUGUCUGAACUGUUCAGCUACCAGAUGAGCCAUUCUGUCAGAGAUUACAUGCCAAACUUCACAACUGAUGAGAGUCCCUUUAGUGUGCGAAGACGUCCAGGUAAGAGGCAAGAGGAGUUAUCUCGUAACCAGAGUAGUGGGUCACCCUCACAGAAGAAUCCCACCAUGACUGGUCAGGCUUCAACAUCCUCAACAGCAUCAAGUGGAACUAGCUCAACAGAAAGCGAAGCCAGUGAUGAAGAUGAAUUGUCAGUGGCAAGUGCUUCAAGUGACGUUGAAGAAGAUAACACUCCCAACCUUUCUCUGGUGUCCUUCUUCCCACCAAUGACAGAGACUUAUGGAGAAUACUUGCAUGAACCAUCAAGGGCUGACAAUACUAUUUACAAAAGGUAUGAGCAGAUCUACAAAGCCACUAAUGGUCCACUCUCAAAAUCUGCCAAAACUAGUGGCAGUGUAGGAGCUCCUCUGGUUCUGAUUCAGAGGUCUAGUUUCUGUCUGGAUUCUUCCAUUGAGACUGACCCACCAACAGUUCCUAGACGAUCAAAAGAAAUCUACAGCAACUUCGUCGCCAUGGCAUAUAGAGGGCCUCAACCUCCAGCAAAUAGGGACCUCUUAAUGUAUAGAAAGUUUACUAGCUUCUCAUAAAUUUUUAUGUUCUGUACAUUAUCAUAUAAUGUGACAUAAUUACAAAUUUAUCUUUAAUACAUUUAAUAUGGUCAAAAUAACAUUGCAGCAUAUUUCAAAUUUUAGAUUAUCUCUUUCAAUUACUUUUGAUUUCUAGUUACCUUAUCACAUGGUUAUGUUUUGAACCAGUUCAUCACAAGCUCCUCUAGAAUUACUUAGGAUUUCAUACCAAAGAUUUUUAAUAUUGUAACAAUUACAAUGUAAAAAUUCCAUUAGCUGUCUAACAGACUUAUAUACCAGUUAUAAAAUAAAUGCUAUCAAUUUUCAUAUUUCACUUUUCCCAUAAAUGAGUUCUUGAAGUCAGAGUAUGUAUCAUAUCAGUUUUGGGAUAUUAUCAUGGGAGGAAAAAAAAAGUUUAGCUCUCAAGGGAAAUCAAAAUAUGAAUGACCAAUUCAGAAAUAAAUGGGGUAAUUAAAUUUUGAAAACAUCAAACUUUGCAAAAAAAAAAAAAAAAA